UUCCAAUCAACUGGCACAAGUAGCAUUAGUUAAAACUUAUAAUUUAGAUGCUAUACAGAACCUCUCAAUAAUUUAUAGCCACCUUUAACAAGCCGAAGAAAGUAUGCAGUCUUUCUAUAUAUAUAUAUAUUUGCAUAGUUUUUUCAUAAUUCCCACUAUCAACUUUUUAUUGCAAACAAUAUGGGCCUCUCAUUUGUAUUCUUAGCUUUCUUUUUCUGUCAACUUGUUUGUUCUUCAUCCAUACUUGUGUGUCCCAAACAUCAAAGCAUUUCACUUGUAAAAUUCAAGGAAACACUUAAUGUAGAUCCUUCUGCUUCUCCUCGAUGUUAUCCAAAGACGAAUUCAUGGAACACGAGCAGAGAUUGUUGUUUAUGGGAUGGAGUAAUAUGCGAUGAGAUGACUGGCCAUGUCAUUGAACUUGACCUCAGUUGCAGCCAACUUGUUGGGACCAUUGAUUCCAAUAGCAGCCUAUUCCAACUCACUCAUCUGCAAAGGCUCAACCUUUCUUGGAAUGAGUUCCGCGGUUGUCAUAUCUCUCCGGAAUUUGGUAGGUUCUCGAGCUUGACACAUCUUGAUUUUUUAAACUCCAAUUUCUCAGGUCAAAUUCCUUCUGAAAUCUCUCGUCUUUCCAGGUUAGAGUUUUUUCGCCUCUCCCCUUCGUCUAGAACUGAUCUGAGACUCGCAGCCCAUGAUUUUAAAUUGCUCCUUCAGAAUUUGACUCAAUUAAGAGAGCUUCAUCUUACUUCCGUAAACAUCUCUUCCACUAUUCCUCUGAAUUUUUCUUCUCAUUUAACAACGCUGAAGCUGGGAGGGACAGGAUUGUAUGGGAUAAUACCUGAGAGCAUUUUUCACCUGCCCAACCUGGAAACACUUUACUUAAGUUCCAAUUAUCAGCUCAGUGGUUCUUUUCCAAAGACCAAAUGGAACAGCAGUGCAUCUCUAAUGAAGUUAGAUCUUAGUAGGGUGAAUUUUUCCGAUAAUUUGCCGGAGUCUCUUGGCUAUCUAACUUCGCUGAACUCUUUGUCUCUUACCAAUUGCAACCUUAGAGGGCUUAUUCCUGAAUCUCUUUCGAAUCUCACCCGCAUACAGUCUUUGUUUCUUCAAGAUAACUCCCUGAAUGGAACUAUACCAUCAUGGGUGUUCUCCCUACCAUCACUACGUCGUUUAUUCUUGAGUAAUAACCAUUUUUCUGGUCAGCUUGAGGAAUUCAAGACCAGUUCACUAGAAGAGAUUAUUUUAGGAAGCAAUCAACUGCAAGGCCAUGUUCCCAAGUCAAUUCAAAACGUUGUGAACUUAACAGGGCUUGAUCUUUCCAACAAUAACUUUAGCGGCAAUGUCGAUGUCAGCUUAUUUUCAAACCUCAAAAAUCUUCUGGGAGUUGUUCUUUCAAAUAAUAAGAUAUCACUGAUCAAUGAGAACAAAGGUAGCUUCACUUGGCCUGAAUCUCUUAACGUAUUACUAUUGGCAGCAUGUGAAGUGAAAGAAUGGGAGUUUCUGAGAUCCGCAAAGUAUCUUUGGGAGUUGGAUCUUUCAAAUAAUAAGCUUCAAGGAAGAAUACCUGAUUGGGCAUGGUCGAACUGGCUUUCAUUGAUAACUCUUGAUAUAUCCAACAAUAUGCUGACGAGUAUUGAUUCAAUUCCUCUUCUGACUAUAGAUACUAUUGAUUUACGGUCAAAUUUGCUUCAAGGUUCACUACCUAUUCCACCAAAUUCCACGAGAAAUUUCCUCAUAUCCGAUAAUAAUCUCAGUGAAGAAAUUCCUUCAUCUAUUUGCAAUUCAACUUCACUGUUUAUGCUAGAUUUGGGCAGAAACAACUUGAAGGGAGCAAUUCCGCAAUGUUUGGGAACUAUCACUACCCUCGAGGUUUUGGAUAUGCGGCAUAACAAUCUUUCUGGGAAUCUUCCAACAACUUUCAGCAAUGGAAGUUCAUUGAGAAGCCUCAACUUGCAUGGCAAUAAACUCGAGGGGAAAAUUCCCCAAUCUUUGGCCAAUUGCAAAGAGUUGCAGGUUCUUGAUUUAGGAGAUAAUCAUCUCGUUGACACAUUCCCGAUGUGGUUGGGAGCUCUUCCAAAGCUAAAGGUUUUAAGCUUGAGAGCGAAUAAAUUUCAUGGGUCCAUUCAACCUUCAACGAUGGAAACUAUUUUUCCCGAGCUUCAAAUCAUAGAUCUCUCGCAGAAUGCCUUCUCGGGAAACUUACCUGCGAGUCUGUUUCAGCAUUUGAAAGGCAUGAGGACAAUUGAUCCAUCAAAGGAAGCACCAAGAUAUCGUGGAGAUACAUAUUACAAAGAUUCUAUUACAGUUACAACCAAGGGAUUGGUGCGUGAAAUUGUGAGAAUCUUGUACUUGUACACCGCUGUCGAUCUUUCAAGUAAUAAAUUUGGAGGGCAAAUUCCAAGUAUCAUGGGGGAUCUCAUUGCACUUCGUGUGCUGAAUUUAUCUCAUAAUGGAUUGCAAGGUCGUAUACCUCCAUCAUUCGGAGAUUUAUCUUCGGUUGAAUCAUUAGACCUAUCAGGAAACCAACUUUCAGGAGAGAUACCACAACAACUGGUUUCUCUUACGUCUCUUUCAUUCUUAAAUCUCUCCCACAAUCAUCUCCGAGGAUGCAUCCCUCAAGGACCUCAAUCUCACACUUUUGAGAGCAAUUCAUACGAAGGCAAUGAUGGAUUACGUGGAUUCCCUGUUUCAAAGAGUUGUGGUGAUGAUCAGGUAUCAGAUACAAAUGACACUAUAUCUGGACCAGACGAUGAAGAAAGUGAUUCUGAGUUUUGGAGUGAUUUUUGGAAAGCUGCUCUUAUGGGAUACGGAAGUGGACUAUGUAUUGGAUUAUCCAUACUCUAUUUCAUGUUGUCAACUGGAAAUCCGAAAUGGCUUGUGCGAAUCAUUGAAGAUCUGGAGCACAACAUUAUGAUGCGAAGGAGAAAGAAGCAGCGAGAGCAAAGGAAUAACAGAAGAAGAAACAAUCACUUCUAGACAAGUUAUAUAAGUUCUGAUUUCAGAACUUCAGUUGAUGUUUUAUGGUAGUAGAUAUUUGGUGUCGAUGGAAGUGGAGAAAGGGAAGAAGAAGUUAUGGCAAUGCAAGAUGCUUUGAGAAGACCACAACAACAAUCAACAAUCAUAUAAUUGAGAGCUAUUGAACAGUCUUAAAUUCUUACUGUAUACAAUUCAACUUACAAAAUUUAUGCAGUGUAUUGAAUGAAGUGUGUAGCAUCAUCAUCUGCUCUUUAUCAACUCAAAGUAUGCUUCUGAAUAUACAGAAGGGAUAAAUGGUGUUGUCAAAAGAAAUUUUAAUGAACAGGCUGCGGGAGAUCAGAGGACGGGCCGACCACAAAAGAAAUGAAAAGGGUGCACUAAAGCUCCCGUUAUGCGGGAGGUCAGAGGACGGGCCGGACCACAAAAGAAACUAAAAGGGCAGUCCGAUGCAGUAAAGCUCACGCUAUGCAUAGAGGGCCCGACCACACAUGAGUCUAUUGUAUGUAGUCUGACCUUCUGGUCACAUGACAAGACCACAAAAGAAAUUACUUCAACAAAAGUAUUAAGAGAGGCUACGGAUCAAAUUCGGUCUGAAAAUCUGUAAUGUUUACGACUUUAGAGAUGCAUUCUAAUGAAAUGGGUGAUCGCAUAGUUGCUA